AUGUCCGCCGAAGAAACAAUUUUUUACGACAAUGUAGCUCGUCUCAGACGGAUGAUUGAUGUUGCCGAAUUGUUCAACGUCGAGAAUAUUGUCAUGGCGUUAAAGGCCAUAAAAAAUCCACGAGACCAUAAACGCUAUGUUGCAUUAACUAAUUUGAGAUUAUUUAAUGUGGUUUUCGGUAAUGUCAUCUCCAAUUACUCUGGGAUUGAUGAUAGUGUGAAAAACGAAUUGAAAUACGUUGGAAACCAAAUCUGGGAUGAGUCCACAGCACAACAAAAGAACAUUUAUCGAACGUAUUGCAAGCAACACAAUGAUGAGAUUGAUGAAAUUUUUCCCGAAAAUUCUCGCGGUUCACGAAAUUUGAAGGCACGACAACAAUCCAUUACCCCUGGUGGCGUGGAUACAGGUCAGAUUACCGCAACCCCAUCACCUCAAUCGACUUGGAUUAACGGGGAUCAUUUAUCCUCCUCAGAAGAUUUCCCAAUUGUCAGCGAUGUACAAGUAUUUACCGAGAUGGUAUUUCCCGGAACGGGUCUCACCUAG